AUGUCUAAAAGCUUCGCUGCCUCUUCCAACCCUCAACGCAGCUAUAGUUCUGUAUAUCGCGCUCCUGUCACAGCGCAAAAUACCCUGGGAGCAAAUGGAUCGUUUACAAAGUCUCUCUCUGGCCUGUCAUCGUCCAUAGGGUCUGCCAUCUGGCAAGCACCAUCCCACUGGAACGUCGGCUCGUCUACGGCUCCACAACAACCCACAGUGUCGUACAAAAAACCUCCGAAAGUGAAGAAGAGAACGCCUGAGGAGCUCGAAAUUACCAAGCAAAAGGCUGCUAGAGUUGCGUCGCGUCUUGCCCUUGAUCAACCAGCCGUCUUGAAUCCUGACGUGGAUACUCCCUUUACCGACCAUCUUGACGUAGUGAAUCGGUUGCUUCCUUAUCAUGUCUUUCAACAACCCAAAGAAGACUUGGAGUAUCUGUUGAGCGGGAAGGGGAAGGGCAAGGGCAAGGCAAGGCAACUUGAUCUGCAGGAAGAAGUUCAAGAGACAACCUUUGCCCUCGAAUGUUAUCGGCGACGUCAGGCCAUACAUAAGAGGAUGAGAAAUUUGAAAAUCCGUUCGGGAAAGCGUCUGGCGCCUGACGAUCAAGCCUACGUUUUAGCUCAGUCCGUUCUGGAAACCGAACGUAAUGAGACUGCUCAGAUAAGCAUUGAGUUGCGCACUGCUCGAGCCGACCUGGAACGAAUAGAGAGAGAUAAACGGAUGGCGUCGGGGAACAUGGGGCGCGUCACGCAAUAUCCGUCUGCUACACCAGCAACAAUGCCGCAAUACUAUCGCCCAUAUCCUUACCCAUAUACGCAAGUGUAUGGUGCACCCAUGGCCACCGGCUCCACAUCAACGUUUCAGGCCAGUCCACCACCACUGCCACUUACGGGAUACACCCCGUAUCAGUCGGCAGGUGCUAUUCCAGUUCAGCUUCCUGUAGCGUCUUUGCCGGCACUGCACGCACUUGGGAUUAUGCCUGUUCCUGCGUCAUCUCUUCCUCCUGAGGGACAGCCGCAACCAGCAGCCGUCCUGCGAGGAUCAACGGCGAAUGGCACGAUGCUUAGUUUGGAAAUCAACGUGUCCUUGUUACAGUCCGCUCAAAUGAGUGGGCUAGCGAUGGUAUUGAACUCAUUAAUGGCAAGAAGUGGGCAGGUGCAGGCGGAAGCUAUGGGAAAUUCUGCUACGCCUACAGAGACGCUCGCGAAAGGCUCGUAA